AGAGCGAGACAAACUUGAACAAGUCGUUAACAAGAUUACUUUAAAACUAGAUGAACAAGAAGUCCAGAUUGACGCCACCAGAGGACUAAAACAAGAACUGGGAAGCAUUGAGAAGAGGGUGCUGGCAGAAAGAAAGAAAUGGAACUCUUGAGGAAGAAUCUCAACAAGAUGAAAGCAGAACUUGAAGCUAUGAUGAUCAGCAUCAGUAGCGAGAGAGAAUGUCUCAGUCAAAUGAGGAUUUACAUGGACAGAAAGAAAGCCAUGUUUUUGAAUGAAAAGGACAAACUGGAAAAAGAAAGGUCUCAACUGAUGAUGAUGAGAGAACAUCCAGUCAUGACUAAAAUGAAAGUCCUAGAAAGUCUGAGGGUGAAACUUCAACAGCUGAAAGAAAGAAUGAGUGAUGACAUCAAACACAAAAUGGAACGUUUACAACAAAACAACGAAGAUAUGCUAACGGUGUGGUCUGCAUUGGAAGAAAAGUGUGCAGAGCUUGAUGGACAGAAAGAAAACAUGAAUUGUUACACCGAGCUGUUAGAGAGAGAAAAGGAAGGUCUGAUAAGUAUACUGUCAGACAUGGUCAUCCAGAAAGAGCAUGUUGAACAUCUAUGGAGGCAAAAGUUUAUGAAUGAAAAACUACAUCUUGACAAACUGAGGGCAGAGCUGAAGGAGGAGAGAGAAGAAUUAGACAGAGUGAAUGAGAUGAUGAACAAAGAUAAAAUGGACUUGGAGAUGAUGAGGUCUGACAUCCUGAAACAAAGUGACCUAUUAGACCAAGAGAAACGACAUAUAAAGGAGGAAAAAGACAAUUUGGAAAUCAUAAAGACUGAACUUCAAAAGAAAAAAGAACAUGCAGACAUUCUGAUUGAUGAGAUGAACAGAGAGAAAACCAACAUUAGAGAUUUGACCCAUCUGGUUCAGACAGGAAUAAAGACACUUCAGAAUGAGAUGAACAUAAUUAAAUUGAAACAAAAAGAACAUGAACUAAAGGAUAAUGACCUCAAAACACAAUUUCAGGAACUACAAACCUAUAGGAGCACUGUAUUGGAAGAAAGAGAAGGACUGAAACUUUUGAGGAAGGAUCUCAACAAGAAGAAAGAAGAGGUUGAAGCUGUUAUCAACAGCAUAAGUCUAGAAAAAGAACAAAUCAGUCAGCUGAAGACUAGUCUUGAUAUGGACAGGCAAAAACUUGAGAGUGAGAAAGAUAAAGUGAAAGAUGAACAGUCAGAGUUGAAAGUCAAAGAAGAUCAAUUCAUGAGUAAAAUACUAUUCAUACAAACCUUGAGAGGUAAACUCCAAGAACUGAACAAAAAUACACAUAGAGACAUCAAAAACAAAAUAGAGCAAUUAGACCAAAACAAUAAAGACAUGCAAAGAUUGUGCAUUGCAUUGCAGAAAAAACUUGCAAACUUUGAUAAAGAGACAACCCAGAUGUCGGUUUACACUGAGCUGAUGCAGACAGAAAAAAAUGCUCUCAUCGGUAUACUCUCAGAGAUGGUAAUGAAACGAGAAGUCAUGGAAAAUCAAUGGAAGCAGAAGGUUGAAAUGGAAAAACAAAAUUCUAAUAACCAGAGGGAAGAGCUGAAGCAAGACAGGGAGGACCUGGAUAGACUUAAUGAGAUGAUGAAUAAAGAGAGGCAGGAAUUGGAGCUGAUGAGGUCUAAUAUUCUGAAACAAAUGGACUUGUUAGAGCAAGAGAAGCAAGACAUAAAAGAGGGAAAAGAAAAGUUGGAAAUUAUAAAGAUUGAGCUACAAGAGAAGAAAGAACAUGCAGAGAGUCUGUUUGAUGAGAUAAACAGAAAUAAAACCAACAUUAAAGAGCUGACCCUAAAGGCCCAGAGAGAGCGAGACAAACUUGAACAAGUCGUUAACAAGAUUACUUUAAAACUAGAUGAACAAGAAGUCCAGAUUGACGCCACCAGAGGACUAAAACAAGAACUGGGAAGCAUUGAGAAGAGGGUGCUGGCAGAAAGAAAAGAAAUGGAACUCUUGAGGAAGAAUCUCAACAAGAUGAAAGCAGAACUUGAAGCUAUGAUGAUCAGCAUCAGUAGCGAGAGAGAAUGUCUCAGUCAAAUGAGGAUUUACAUGGACAGAAAGAAUGCCAUGUUUUUGAAUGAAAAGGACAAACUGGAAAAAGAAAGGUCUCAACUGAUGAUGAUGAGAGAACAUCCAGUCAUGACUAAAAUGAAAGUCCUAGAAAGUCUGAGGGUGAAACUUCAACAGCUGAAAGAAAGAAUGAGUGAUGACAUCAAACACAAAAUGGAACGUUUACAACAAAACAACGAAGAUAUGCUAACGGUGUGGUCUGCAUUGGAAGAAAAGUGUGCAGAGCUUGAUGGACAGAAAGAAAACAUGAAUUGUUACACCGAGCUGUUAGAGAGAGAAAAGGAAGGUCUGAUAAGUAUACUGUCAGACAUGGUCAUCCAGAAAGAGCAUGUUGAACAUCUAUGGAGGCAAAAGUUUAUGAAUGAAAAACUACAUCUUGACAAACUGAGGGCAGAGCUGAAGGAGGAGAGAGAAGAAUUAGACAGAGUGAAUGAGAUGAUGAACAAAGAUAAAAUGGACUUGGAGAUGAUGAGGUCUGACAUCCUGAAACAAAGUGACCUAUUAGACCAAGAGAAACGACAUAUAAAGGAGGAAAAAGACAAUUUGGAAAUCAUAAAGACUGAACUUCAAAAGAAAAAAGAACAUGCAGACAUUCUGCAUGAUGAGAUGAACAGAGAGAAAACCAACAUUAGAGAUUUGACCCAUCUGGUUCAGACAGGAAUAAAGACACUUCAGAAUGAGAUGAACAUAAUUAAAUUGAAACAAAAAGAACAUGAACUAAAGGAUAAUGACCUCAAAACACAAUUUCAGGAACUACAAACCUAUAGGAGCACUGUAUUGGAAGAAAGAGAAGGACUGAAACUUUUGAGGAAGGAUCUCAACAAGAAGAAAGAAGAGGUUGAAGCUGUUAUCAACAGCAUAAGUCUAGAAAAAGAACAAAUCAGUCAGCUGAAGACUAGUCUUGAUAUGGACAGGCAAAAACUUGAGAGUGAGAAAGAUAAAGUGAAAGAUGAACAGUCAGAGUUGAAAGUCAAAGAAGAUCAAUUCAUGAGUAAAAUACUAUUCAUACAAACCUUGAGAGGUAAACUCCAAGAACUGAACAAAAAUACACAUAGAGACAUCAAAAACAAAAUAGAGCAAAUAGACCAAAACAAUAAAGACAUGCAAAGAUUGUGCAUUGCAUUGCAGAAAAAACUUGCAAACUUUGAUAAAGAGACAACCCAGAUGUCGGUUUACACUGAGCUGAUGCAAACAGAAAAAAAUGCUCUCAUCGGUAUACUCUCAGAGAUGGUAAUGAAACGAGAAGUCAUGGAAAAUCAAUGGAAGCAGAAGGUUGAAAUGGAAAAACAAAAUUCUAAUAACCAGAGGGAAGAGCUGAAGCAAGACAGGGAGGACCUGGAUAGACUUAAUGAGAUGAUGAAUAAAGAGAGGCAGGAAUUGGAGCUGAUGAGGUCUAAUAUUCUGAAACAAAUGGACUUGUUAGAGCAAGAGAAGCAAGACAUAAAAGAGGGAAAAGAAAAGUUAGAAAUUAUAAAGAUUGAGCUACAAGAGAAGAAAGAACAUGCAGAGAGUCUGUUUGAUGAGAUAAACAGAAAUAAAACCAACAUUAAAGAGCUGACCCUAAAGGCCCAGAGAGAGCGAGACAAACUUGAACAAGUCGUUAACAAGAUUACUUUAAAACUAGAUGAACAAGAAGUCCAGAUUGACGCCACCAGAGGACUAAAACAAGAACUGGGAAGCAUUGAGAAGAGGGUGCUGGCAGAAAGAAAAGAAAUGGAACUCUUGAGGAAGAAUCUCAACAAGAUGAAAGCAGAACUUGAAGCUAUGAUGAUCAGCAUCAGUAGCGAGAGAGAAUGUCUCAGUCAAAUGAGGAUUUACAUGGACAGAAAGAAAGCCAUGUUUUUGAAUGAAAAGGACAAACUGGAAAAAGAAAGGUCUCAACUGAUGAUGAGAGAACAUCUAGUCAUGACUAAAAUGAAAGUCCUAGAAAGUCUGAGGGUGAAACUUCAACAGCUGAAAGAAAGAAUGAGUGAUGACAUCAAACACAAAAUGGAACGUUUACAACAAAACAACGAAGAUAUGCUAACGGUGUGGUCUGCAUUGGAAGAAAAGUGUGCAGAGCUUGAUGGACAGAAAGAAAACAUGAAUUGUUACACCGAGCUGUUAGAGAGAGAAAAGGAAGGUCUGAUAAGUAUACUGUCAGACAUGGUCAUCCAGAAAGAGCAUGUUGAACAUCUAUGGAGGCAAAAGUUUAUGAAUGAAAAACUACAUCUUGACAAACUGAGGGCAGAGCUGAAGGAGGAGAGAGAAGAAUUAGACAGAGUGAAUGAGAUGAUGAACAAAGAUAAAAUGGACUUGGAGAUGAUGAGGUCUGACAUCCUGAAACAAAGUGACCUAUUAGACCAAGAGAAACGACAUAUAAAGGAGGAAAAAGACAAUUUGGAAAUCAUAAAGACUGAACUUCAAAAGAAAAAAGAACAUGCAGACAUUCUGAUUGAUGAGAUGAACAGAGAGAAAACCAACAUUAGAGAUUUGACCCAUCUGGUUCAGACAGGAAUAAAGACACUUCAGAAUGAGAUGAACAUAAUUAAAUUGAAACAAAAAGAACAUGAACUAAAGGAUAAUGACCUCAAAACACAAUUUCAGGAACUACAAACCUAUAGGAGCACUGUAUUGGAAGAAAGAGAAGGACUGAAACUUUUGAGGAAGGAUCUCAACAAGAAGAAAGAAGAGGUUGAAGCUGUUAUCAACAGCAUAAGUCUAGAAAAAGAACAAAUCAGUCAGCUGAAGACUAGUCUUGAUAUGGACAGGCAAAAACUUGAGAGUGAGAAAGAUAAAGUGAAAGAUGAACAGUCAGAGUUGAAAGUCAAAGAAGAUCAAUUCAUGAGUAAAAUACUAUUCAUACAAACCUUGAGAGGUAAACUCCAAGAACUGAACAAAAAUACACAUAGAGACAUCAAAAACAAAAUAGAGCAAUUAGACCAAAACAAUAAAGACAUGCAAAGAUUGUGCAUUGCAUUGCAGAAAAAACUUGCAAACUUUGAUAAAGAGACAACCCAGAUGUCGGUUUACACUGAGCUGAUGCAGACAGAAAAAAAUGCUCUCAUCGGUAUACUCUCAGAGAUGGUAAUGAAACGAGAAGUCAUGGAAAAUCAAUGGAAGCAGAAGGUUGAAAUGGAAAAACAAAAUUCUAAUAACCAGAGGGAAGAGCUGAAGCAAGACAGGGAGGACCUGGAUAGACUUAAUGAGAUGAUGAAUAAAGAGAGGCAGGAAUUGGAGCUGAUGAGGUCUAAUAUUCUGAAACAAAUGGACUUGUUAGAGCAAGAGAAGCAAGACAUAAAAGAGGGAAAAGAAAAGUUGGAAAUUAUAAAGAUUGAGCUACAAGAGAAGAAAGAACAUGCAGAGAGUCUGUUUGAUGAGAUAAACAGAAAUAAAACCAACAUUAAAGAGCUGACCCUAAAGGCCCAGAGAGAGCGAGACAAACUUGAACAAGUCGUUAACAAGAUUACUUUAAAACUAGAUGAACAAGAAGUCCAGAUUGACGCCACCAGAGGACUAAAACAAGAACUGGGAAGCAUUGAGAAGAGGGUGCUGGCAGAAAGAAAAGAAAUGGAACUCUUGAGGAAGAAUCUCAACAAGAUGAAAGCAGAACUUGAAGCUAUGAUGAUCAGCAUCAGUAGCGAGAGAGAAUGUCUCAGUCAAAUGAGGAUUUACAUGGACAGAAAGAAAGCCAUGUUUUUGAAUGAAAAGGACAAACUGGAAAAAGAAAGGUCUCAACUGAUGAUGAUGAGAGAACAUCCAGUCAUGACUAAAAUGAAAGUCCUAGAAAGUCUGAGGGUGAAACUUCAACAGCUGAAAGAAAGAAUGAGUGAUGACAUCAAACACAAAAUGGAACGUUUACAACAAAACAACGAAGAUAUGCUAACGGUGUGGUCUGCAUUGGAAGAAAAGUGUGCAGAGCUUGAUGGACAGAAAGAAAACAUGAAUUGUUACACCGAGCUGUUAGAGAGAGAAAAGGAAGGUCUGAUAAGUAUACUGUCAGACAUGGUCAUCCAGAAAGAGCAUGUUGAACAUCUAUGGAGGCAAAAGUUUAUGAAUGAAAAACUACAUCUUGACAAACUGAGGGCAGAGCUGAAGGAGGAGAGAGAAGAAUUAGACAGAGUGAAUGAGAUGAUGAACAAAGAUAAAAUGGACUUGGAGAUGAUGAGGUCUGACAUCCUGAAACAAAGUGACCUAUUAGACCAAGAGAAACGACAUAUAAAGGAGGAAAAAGACAAUUUGGAAAUCAUAAAGACUGAACUUCAAAAGAAAAAAGAACAUGCAGACAUUCUGCAUGAUGAGAUGAACAGAGAGAAAACCAACAUUAGAGAUUUGACCCAUCUGGUUCAGACAGGAAUAAAGACACUUCAGAAUGAGAUGAACAUAAUUAAAUUGAAACAAAAAGAACAUGAACUAAAGGAUAAUGACCUCAAAACACAAUUUCAGGAACUACAAACCUAUAGGAGCACUGUAUUGGAAGAAAGAGAAGGACUAAAACUUUUGAGGAAGGAUCUCAACAAGAAGAAAGAAGAGGUUGAAGCUGUUAUCAACAGCAUAAGUCUAGAAAAAGAACAAAUCAGUCAGCUGAAGACUAGUCUUGAUAUGGACAGGCAAAAACUUGAGAGUGAGAAAGAUAAAGUGAAAGAUGAACAGUCAGAGUUGAAAGUCAAAGAAGAUCAAUUCAUGAGUAAAAUACUAUUCAUACAAACCUUGAGAGGUAAACUCCAAGAACUGAACAAAAAUACACAUAGAGACAUCAAAAACAAAAUAGAGCAAAUAGACCAAAACAAUAAAGACAUGCAAAGAUUGUGCAUUGCAUUGCAGAAAAAACUUGCAAACUUUGAUAAAGAGACAACCCAGAUGUCGGUUUACACUGAGCUGAUGCAAACAGAAAAAAAUGCUCUCAUCGGUAUACUCUCAGAGAUGGUAAUGAAACGAGAAGUCAUGGAAAAUCAAUGGAAGCAGAAGGUUGAAAUGGAAAAACAAAAUUCUAAUAACCAGAGGGAAGAGCUGAAGCAAGACAGGGAGGACCUGGAUAGACUUAAUGAGAUGAUGAAUAAAGAGAGGCAGGAAUUGGAGCUGAUGAGGUCUAAUAUUCUGAAACAAAUGGACUUGUUAGAGCAAGAGAAGCAAGACAUAAAAGAGGGAAAAGAAAAGUUGGAAAUUAUAAAGACUGAGCUACAAGAGAAGAAAGAACAUGCAGAGAGUCUGUUUGAUGAGAUAAACAGAAAUAAAACCAACAUUAAAGAGCUGACCCUAAAGGCCCAGAGAGAGCGAGACAAACUUGAACAAGUCGUUAACAAGAUUACUUUAAAACUAGAUGAACAAGAAGUCCAGAUUGACGCCACCAGAGGACUAAAACAAGAACUGGGAAGCAUUGAGAAGAGGGUGCUGGCAGAAAGAAAAGAAAUGGAACUCUUGAGGAAGAAUCUCAACAAGAUGAAAGCAGAACUUGAAGCUAUGAUGAUCAGCAUCAGUAGCGAGAGAGAAUGUCUCAGUCAAAUGAGGAUUUACAUGGACAGAAAGAAAGCCAUGUUUUUGAAUGAAAAGGACAAACUGGAAAAAGAAAGGUCUCAACUGAUGAUGAGAGAACAUCCAGUCAUGACUAAAAUGAAAGUCCUAGAAAGUCUGAGGGUGAAACUUCAACAGCUGAAAGAAAGAAUGAGUGAUGACAUCAAACACAAAAUGGAACGUUUACAACAAAACAACGAAGAUAUGCUAACGGUGUGGUCUGCAUUGGAAGAAAAGUGUGCAGAGCUUGAUGGACAGAAAGAAAACAUGAAUUGUUACACCGAGCUGUUAGAGAGAGAAAAGGAAGGUCUGAUAAGUAUACUGUCAGACAUGGUCAUCCAGAAAGAGCAUGUUGAACAUCUAUGGAGGCAAAAGUUUAUGAAUGAAAAACUACAUCUUGACAAACUGAGGGCAGAGCUGAAGGAGGAGAGAGAAGAAUUAGACAGAGUGAAUGAGAUGAUGAACAAAGAUAAAAUGGACUUGGAGAUGAUGAGGUCUGACAUCCUGAAACAAAGUGACCUAUUAGACCAAGAGAAACGACAUAUAAAGGAGGAAAAAGACAAUUUGGAAAUCAUAAAGACUGAACUUCAAAAGAAAAAAGAACAUGCAGACAUUCUGAUUGAUGAGAUGAACAGAGAGAAAACCAACAUUAGAGAUUUGACCCAUCUGGUUCAGACAGGAAUAAAGACACUUCAGAAUGAGAUGAACAUAAUUAAAUUGAAACAAAAAGAACAUGAACUAAAGGAUAAUGACCUCAAAACACAAUUUCAGGAACUACAAACCUAUAGGAGCACUGUAUUGGAAGAAAGAGAAGGACUGAAACUUUUGAGGAAGGAUCUCAACAAGAAGAAAGAAGAGGUUGAAGCUGUUAUCAACAGCAUAAGUCUAGAAAAAGAACAAAUCAGUCAGCUGAAGACUAGUCUUGAUAUGGACAGGCAAAAACUUGAGAGAGAGAAAGAUAAAGUGAAAGAUGAACAGUCAGAGUUGAAAGUCAAAGAAGAUCAAUUCAUGAGUAAAAUACUAUUCAUACAAACCUUGAGAGGUAAACUCCAAGAACUGAACAAAAAUACACAUAGAGACAUCAAAAACAAAAUAGAGCAAAUAGACCAAAACAAUAAAGACAUGCAAAGAUUGUGCAUUGCAUUGCAGAAAAAACUUGCAAACUUUGAUAAAGAGACAACCCAGAUGUCGGUUUACACUGAGCUGAUGCAAACAGAAAAAAAUGCUCUCAUCGGUAUACUCUCAGAGAUGGUAAUGAAACGAGAAGUCAUGGAAAAUCAAUGGAAGCAGAAGGUUGAAAUGGAAAAACAAAAUUCUAAUAACCAGAGGGAAGAGCUGAAGCAAGACAGGGAGGACCUGGAUAGACUUAAUGAGAUGAUGAAUAAAGAGAGGCAGGAAUUGGAGCUGAUGAGGUCUAAUAUUCUGAAACAAAUGGACUUGUUAGAGCAAGAGAAGCAAGACAUAAAAGAGGGAAAAGAAAAGUUGGAAAUUAUAAAGAUUGAGCUACAAGAGAAGAAAGAACAUGCAGAGAGUCUGUUUGAUGAGAUAAACAGAAAUAAAACCAACAUUAAAGAGCUGACCCUAAAGGCCCAGAGAGAGCGAGACAAACUUGAACAAGUCGUUAACAAGAUUACUUUAAAACUAGAUGAACAAGAAGUCCAGAUUGACGCCACCAGAGGACUAAAACAAGAACUGGGAAGCAUUGAGAAGAGGGUGCUGGCAGAAAGAAAAGAAAUGGAACUCUUGAGGAAGAAUCUCAACAAGAUGAAAGCAGAACUUGAAGCUAUGAUGAUCAGCAUCAGUAGCGAGAGAGAAUGUCUCAGUCAAAUGAGGAUUUACAUGGACAGAAAGAAAGCCAUGUUUUUGAAUGAAAAGGACAAACUGGAAAAAGAAAGGUCUCAACUGAUGAUGAGAGAACAUCUAGUCAUGACUAAAAUGAAAGUCCUAGAAAGUCUGAGGGUGAAACUUCAACAGCUGAAAGAAAGAAUGAGUGAUGACAUCAAACACAAAAUGGAACGUUUACAACAAAACAACGAAGAUAUGCUAACGGUGUGGUCUGCAUUGGAAGAAAAGUGUGCAGAGCUUGAUGGACAGAAAGAAAACAUGAAUUGUUACACCGAGCUGUUAGAGAGAGAAAAGGAAGGUCUGAUAAGUAUACUGUCAGACAUGGUCAUCCAGAAAGAGCAUGUUGAACAUCUAUGGAGGCAAAAGUUUAUGAAUGAAAAACUACAUCUUGACAAACUGAGGGCAGAGCUGAAGGAGGAGAGAGAAGAAUUAGACAGAGUGAAUGAGAUGAUGAACAAAGAUAAAAUGGACUUGGAGAUGAUGAGGUCUGACAUCCUGAAACAAAGUGACCUAUUAGACCAAGAGAAACGACAUAUAAAGGAGGAAAAAGACAAUUUGGUAAUCAUAAAGACUGAACUUCAAAAGAAAAAAGAACAUGCAGACAUUCUGAUUGAUGAGAUGAACAGAGAGAAAACCAACAUUAGAGAUUUGACCCAUCUGGUUCAGACAGGAAUAAAGACACUUCAGAAUGAGAUGAACAUAAUUAAAUUGAAACAAAAAGAACAUGAACUAAAGGAUAAUGACCUCAAAACACAAUUUCAGGAACUACAAACCUAUAGGAGCACUGUAUUGGAAGAAAGAGAAGGACUGAAACUUUUGAGGAAGGAUCUCAACAAGAAGAAAGAAGAGGUUGAAGCUGUUAUCAACAGCAUAAGUCUAGAAAAAGAACAAAUCAGUCAGCUGAAGACUAGUCUUGAUAUGGACAGGCAAAAACUUGAGAGAGAGAAAGAUAAAGUGAAAGAUGAACAGUCAGAGUUGAAAGUCAAAGAAGAUCAAUUCAUGAGUAAAAUACUAUUCAUACAAACCUUGAGAGGUAAACUCCAAGAACUGAACAAAAAUACACAUAGAGACAUCAAAAACAAAAUAGAGCAAAUAGACCAAAACAAUAAAGACAUGCAAAGAUUGUGCAUUGCAUUGCAGAAAAAACUUGCAAACUUUGAUAAAGAGACAACCCAGAUGUCGGUUUACACUGAGCUGAUGCAAACAGAAAAAAAUGCUCUCAUCGGUAUACUCUCAGAGAUGGUAAUGAAACGAGAAGUCAUGGAAAAUCAAUGGAAGCAGAAGGUUGAAAUGGAAAAACAAAAUUCUAAUAACCAGAGGGAAGAGCUGAAGCAAGACAGGGAGGACCUGGGUAGACUUAAUGAGAUGAUGAAUAAAGAGAGGCAGGAAUUGGAGCUGAUGAGGUCUAAUAUUCUGAAACAAAUGGACUUGUUAGAGCAAGAGAAGCAAGACAUAAAAGAGGGAAAAGAAAAGUUGGAAAUUAUAAAGAUUGAGCUACAAGAGAAGAAAGAACAUGCAGAGAGUCUGUUUGAUGAGAUAAACAGAAAUAAAACCAACAUUAAAGAGCUGACCCUAAAGGCCCAGAGAGAGCGAGACAAACUUGAACAAGUCGUUAACAAGAUUACUUUAAAACUAGAUGAACAAGAAGUCCAGAUUGACGCCACCAGAGGACUAAAACAAGAACUGGGAAGCAUUGAGAAGAGGGUGCUGGCAGAAAGAAAAGAAAUGGAACUCUUGAGGAAGAAUCUCAACAAGAUGAAAGCAGAACUUGAAGCUAUGAUGAUCAGCAUCAGUAGCGAGAGAGAAUGUCUCAGUCAAAUGAGGAUUUACAUGGACAGAAAGAAAGCCAUGUUUUUGAAUGAAAAGGACAAACUGGAAAAAGAAAGGUCUCAACUGAUGAUGAUGAGAGAACAUCCAGUCAUGACUAAAAUGAAAGUCCUAGAAAGUCUGAGGGUGAAACUUCAACAGCUGAAAGAAAGAAUGAGUGAUGACAUCAAACACAAAAUGGAACGUUUACAACAAAACAACGAAGAUAUGCUAACGGUGUGGUCUGCAUUGGAAGAAAAGUGUGCAGAGCUUGAUGGACAGAAAGAAAACAUGAAUUGUUACACCGAGCUGUUAGAGAGAGAAAAGGAAGGUCUGAUAAGUAUACUGUCAGACAUGGUCAUCCAGAAAGAGCAUGUUGAACAUCUAUGGAGGCAAAAGUUUAUGAAUGAAAAACUACAUCUUGACAAACUGAGGGCAGAGCUGAAGGAGGAGAGAGAAGAAUUAGACAGAGUGAAUGAGAUGAUGAACAAAGAUAAAAUGGACUUGGAGAUGAUGAGGUCUGACAUCCUGAAACAAAGUGACCUAUUAGACCAAGAGAAACGACAUAUAAAGGAGGAAAAAGACAAUUUGGAAAUCACAAAGCCGGAGUUAGAAAGCAAGAAAGAAAGCACUGAAUUUCUCCUUGAUGACAUGAACCAAGGAAAAGUGCAACUGUAUAAAAUGAAAACAACUAUGGAAAGUGAGAAUGAAUUGUUUUUAAAUGAAAAGAAGGAAAUGAAAGGAGAACUGUCUGAACUAAAAAUCAGAGAAGACUGGGUCACCAGGGUUAUAAACUCCAUAGUUAGUCUGAGGAUAAAACUCAAACAUUUGAAUCAAAGGACACAUGAAGACUUUAGAAUGAAUGCUGAUAGAUUUGAGCUCAAAAAUGGAGACAUACUGCGAUUUAAUUCAAUAUUGGAACAAAAAUGUGCUGAACUUGAUAAACAGAAAAAUAUAAUUGCUGGCUAUUAUGACCUGAUACAGAGAGAGAAGAAAGUACACAAUGAGGUUGCAGCAAAACAACAAACACUGCCAGAGCAAGAUGUCAAGAAACAUGAUGUGAAUAAGCUUAAAGAGUUUGGAUUUGAGAAAGAUGUCUCGCAGUCAGAUGUUAUGAUCCAGAGUGAAGAUUGGUGGGAGUUAACAGAAAAUAAGAGUGAUCUUGUAAGAAAAGGUAAAUACUUGAAAAUUCAGAAGGAACAUCUGCUGGUGGAAGCAGAAGAAGUGGAAAGUGAACAGCUGUCCGAGUCAGUGGGAGAGCAAGAUGAUUUUACAGAGGAGAAAAUUUCAAAAAGAGAUAAUUUGCGAAAGAUCUGGAAGGACACUAAAAUGGAAAGAAAGGAAAUUGAUCAGAUGAAGUGGAGAGGUCAUGAAAUGAGAAACAAUCUGGAGAAAAGACUCAAAGUUAUCAAUCAGUUUGUUAAAAGAAGAUUACAGAGAGAAAAGGGACUAUUGGAGAAGACAAAGCAGGGACAAGGACUAAGUAAGAACACAACAUCUAAAAGUGACUGGGAGAGACACCAUAAAAUACUUGAUGAAGAAUACACAGAGCUCCAACAACUUAAGGUUCAGAUGCUCCGAGAGAUUGAGAAACACUGCAUCAAAGAAACACUGACAACUAGUGACAAGGCUAAUCAGACAUUCCAGGUGGAUAUAACCACAAGAGAUGAACCACUGCAGGGAACACAAGAAGCUUCUACCAAAACACAUCAAGAGCGAAUCAAAGUAAAAGAAACUCAAAUAGCUUUAGAGACAUCUAGGGGAUUCCUCUGUCAGCUGCAACAUUACUGCUGUCGAUGUUGCUGCCCUUGUUGUGCAUCCUGUAAGCAAGUGUGCCCAGAGGAGAUAUGAGAGAGAGGUCUUUGUCUCUGUACUUUGAAUUUGAAUGUUUCUUGCAUAAAUUUAAUGUAUAAUACAGUUGUACAUAUACAGUUGGCUUUUUACUUAAACUCUUACGUAGUACAUAGUACUCUUACAUAGGAAUACAAAGAAAACACCUUAAUUGAUUUUUUUUUUUUAUUAUUAUUAUGUAUCAGUAUCUGCAAAGGGUUGUGCUUUGGCAGUCCAGAUACCUGGAAAAUCAGAAUACUCUUUUGACAUUUUUUUGAAUCAUUACAAUUACUAACAAUAAGUAAAAUGAUAAUUCAAAAUGUUAUGGUAUUUUUACAGAUCUAUGUGUGGGAUUUGUGUCUCAAAAAUGAUUUACCUUGCUGGCUUUUGCAACAUAUUUGUUUGCAUGUGUAAAAAAAAAAAUCAGCAAAAUAAGAUUUAAUAUUGUGCUCAAAACAUUUUAAGAGUGAGUGGUGUGAAAUAUAAACAUAAAAUAAUGAACUUAAGAGUCCACGCCACUUCAUCAUAGAGAACCUUGAAUAUUUAAGAACUGACACAUUCAAGUUAAUUUCCCCUUCUUCUACUUUUAUGCUUAAAUGUAAAUAUACAAAUGCAUAUGUUAAAUAAUUGAUUUCAAAUCUUCCUUUGUCAAAUAAAAUUAACCACAUUAUUACAACA